AUGGACGGGAACGGGCAUUACGUGAUUGGCGGCGGCGGCGGCGGCGAUGAGCCUUCAGUCGAGGAGCAGCAGCAGCGCUCGCCGAUCGAGGCGCAGGCGCUACCCGUGGCGGCGGCGGCCCCCCGCGCGGUGCGGCUGAACCAGAAGCGGACCAAGAACUUCAGCGACAAGGAGGACGAGAUGCUGGCGCUGGCGUGGCUCAACGUGAGCGCGGAAGGGCCGGCGCACGGCGGCGAGCGAGCGCCCUACUGGAAGCGGAUGCACGACUACUUCCACUCCCGCAGGGACUUCGAGUCGGAACGCAGCGAGAACUCGCUCCUCCACCGCUGCUCCACCAUCCAGGACAACGUCAAGCGCUUCGACCGCUGCGUCGCCGACGUCGUCGACGGCCAGCAGGACGACAACUCGCUCACGCCUCAGGACACGGUGGUGCAGUCGCUGGCUCUGUUCAAGUCUGAGGACAAGAACGAGUCGUUCCAGUUCCUGCACUGCUGGAACCUCCUGAGGUCGCACCAGAAGUGGAUCGAGAGGUCGUCGCAGAAGCUGGCGUGGAUCAACCGGUCGUCGUCGUCCCAGUCCCAGACCCAGGUGGCGGCCUACUCGUCUCACAAGAAACAGAAGACGACUCCCGGUUCGAGCCCAAGCUCGUCGACUCCGCCAUUUGCUCUUGACGACAGUUUAGAGGCUGCAGGUCAGGAUUGCGAGGUGUUGAUACAGCCAGAGCCAGUGGAUGUGGAUAAGCAGAAAGAGAAUUUACAGCAAGGUGGAGCUGGUUUGUAUUACCUGGAGGCAUCAGAUGAUCUUUGGGGGAAGAGGAACUCGGCUAAUGAGGGGAGAGAGCUCAACAAUGGCCAGGGAGAUGAACAGGAUGAUACCGACAGAGACGAACAGGCUGAUGCGGAGAGACAGGUCAACAACAAUAAUGGCGAGAGAGACAAACAUGAGAGAGAUAAACAUGCGCUGGAACAACAGAAGGUUGCGCUAGAACAACAGAAACAGAAGGUUGCGCUAGAACAGAAGUAUGCGCUGGAACAAAAGAAGGUUGCGCUAGAACAACAGAAGGUUGCGCUAGAACAGGAGAGGAUUGCGCUAGAACAAGCCAGGGCUGCUAAUGAGGCGAGGAGCCUCAAGAUAAAGAGGAAAGAAUUGGACUUGAAGAGCAAAGAGGUGGAUUUGAAGAUCAUGUUAGAAGAAGAGAGAAUCAUGACUAAGGACACUAGCGGUAUGCCUGGGCUACAACAGCAGUACUACAAGAUGCUGCAGAAUGAGAUCAUGACUCGGCGGUUCAAUAGCUCGGGUUCACCUUGUAUGAACCACUAG